AUGGGGCAGGCCUUGUGCGGGAGAGAUGAGGCCGUGGAUACCUGCAGGUCCAGUGGGGCCCUGGCUCAAGUACCAUUGAGCACCACAACCACCAACGCCACCGCGACUGCCACCCCGAGUCGUCCGACAGCGGCCCCGAGCGGCGCCUCUACAGUAACCGUCACUUUAGAGAGCGGCAAGACGGUGGCACUGAACGGUCUGGACACUAUGCUGGCACUGCGCCAGAACGCCGCGAACACACAGGAGCUGAUGCAGGCAGUCCGGACCAUCUACGACGACCAGGACACACAUGUGUUCGCCAACGCUGGUGAUUGGAGUUUCCUGCCGGAUGACCUGGACGCAGUCUGCAAAUUAUUGGCCAACCUCAACGGCUUCAACCUCGACAGCCAAGUCAAAAAUCGUGCUUUCCCUAAGACCCCUACCCACCGUGCUGACGAACCUCCCGCCAGCCAAGUGGUCUCCGACAACCAGUUCUUCCUUAUCUGCAAAGGCAGCCACGCUGCCAAUGCCUGUACUCUCGAAGCGCCCCAACUGCUCUUCUCCCUCCACCAACAAGGCGAAUCCUGGGGCCGCUUCAUCACAUGCGUCGCCGACUACCCAGGGCCCUGCUUCCUCCUCAUCACGCUGAAGAACGAACAACGAGUUAUUGGCGCCUUCGUCAAAAACGGACUUGUGGAAAACGGCUCCAAAUACUUCGGCACUGCCGAGUCCUACCUGUUCGGCAUAGACACCGCUAAGGGCCCCGGCAACCAGGAAGCGCUCAUCAUUCGCAAACCCACGAACUAUGAAUCCAACUUCGUCAUGCUCAACCGCUCCUCUCAGUACAUGCCCAAGGGCCUCGGAUUCGGCGGCGACGAAAAGGACUUCCGUAUUCUCGUGCACGCCGACCUCUGCACCGUCUCCACCACCAUCGCCUGCAGGACCUACGAAAGCGGCUCGCUUUUCGGCUCCGCGGACACCAACUAUACCCGGGAAGCGAAAAUCGACAAUCUCGAAGUCUGGGGCUUCGGAGGCGCUGCAGCGCGCCAAGAACAGGCAUACAAACAGAAUCUCCAAGAAGACCUCAAGGCAGAGAGGCGGAAAGUCGAUGUCGCUCGCAUGAUGGGCGAUGAUACGGCCGGCAUGUUCAAGAAGGUCAAUCCGAACAUGGGAGACCGAGCUGGAGAAGUCGAAGCUAUCGUUGCGGAGUACAAGGAGGGCAAGAAGAAGGCCCCGGGUGCCAGUUGA